UGCGCUGACCAUCACGGCAUUAACACACACAUGUACGUACUCGUGGUAAAUAGUAUGAGUAUUAAGUAAAUCGAUGGCUCCCGGAUAAACCACCCGUAGUGGUGGUCAGGCUGAUCACUGGCUCUCCGUACACGAACACCUCUUUGCUUACCCUGCAUCAAGAUUACGCAAACCCAGCCCAGCCAAGAUCCGACCGACGAAUCUGACGAUCCUCAUCUGCCUGCCCUGUCCCCCUGCCCCCCCCCCGGCCCGACACUUCCGUCCGUCCAUGUCUCGGGCUCUGGUUGCUGAUUGCUGAUGACGCACCCACGCUUGGUUGCAUGCAGGUUUGAUGGCCAGCAGGAAGCUGUAGUUGGAGCUGUCGCAGCAAGAGGAGCAGGUCGACGUGGUUUGAACUACACCAGUCCAGUCAGUCUCCUAUGGCAGGGUUACACGGGCUGUCAAUGCUGGUGCCUGUGAGUGGCGAGAGACUGCACUGGGGAUCAACAAAUGGGGUACAUUUCGGGGGUUCCGUCCAGUAUCAGAGUUUGAACAUAUUCUUAGCUACCACCCACCAACUCAUCCCCUCUGGUGUGCUGCGUGUGAUGGCUCACAUUGGAGGAAUGCCGACCAGAAAAAGAGGCAGGGCAAGGCGUCCGCCACAACCGUACCGCCACAGACAAACAACCCCGGCCCUCUGAGGGUCUUGGGUCUCCAAUGACGACGAGUAUCACAGCAAAAAGGAAAACCCAAAUUCUAGACACAGAGCAACGUCAUUGCCAAGCAGGGAAACAGGAACGCGGCAAGACACUGACUGCUCGCAAUGGGAUCAUAGUGGGGCCUGGGCCGCGUCUCCAGGGCUGUGACUGGUCGAGCCACCCUUCACGACAGCCCUGAUUCGUAUGAAAGGUUGUCAACGUGGGGGAGCAGGACGGAGAUGAUCAUGCAGUGGACUGGGCUGGGCUGCUAUUCUUGUCGUCGACAGGUACCAUCUCAAUAAAGUUAUCGAUAAUCGACUACCGCUAUCUUAUCAU